CUUUUUUUGUUUUUUACUUCCCCCGACAAUAAUUAGCAAUUUCCUUUCCCUCCCUUUUUCCUCUCUCCAAAUAAGAACCCAAUCAAAACAACUUCGCAGCUUCCUUUUCCUCUCCACUCCCACCACAAUUAAAAAAGUUACCGUCGCCGCUGCAGUCGCCACCACCACCACCAUCACUACCACCAUGCCUCUCGACCCCGCCACCGCUACAACCACUGCAUCGCGGCCUGUGUCGCCUCUCCCUCAGCCGCACCAGCACUUCCCUCCGCAGCAACAAACCCUUCCAAUUCGCGCCCCAGGGAAUCCUCUCUUGGCCAAACCCCACGACCCUCACUUCGCCUACCCGUUCGCGCCAAAAAGUGUCAGAGGCCUCGCUGCCGUCGACCACAGCGUCUCAGGUGGCGCGUUCGCGCCUCCGGCUAUGGUGUACGGCGGCGUUGUUCGCGGUAUGCACUUGGAUUACCUCAGUCACGCCUUGCACGUGGCCAGGCCACCGCAUCACGUGCCUUUUGGGCAUGUGGGCAACGCUGCUGCCACACCCACUGCUUCGCCUCCCGUUAAAAAGGCUGCGUCUCGGUCUGCGGUUUCUGAUAUUAAUGGCGGUAAAGAUUCGAGUACCAGGGAAAAAAUCAGAGAGGAUACCUACAUUGUUGUUAGAGAUCGAAAAGUAAGAAUAACGGAGGAUGCUUCUCUAUAUGCACUUUGUAGAUCAUGGUUGCGAAAUGGUGUAAUUGAAGAAAGCCAGCCGCAACAAAAAGAUGUAAUUAAGGCACUUCCUAAACCAUUGCCUGCAUAUAUGGUGGCUGGUUAUAUGUCAAACACGAAAGAAGAUGAAAAAAACGAAGAUGAGCAGGAAGAGAAUGAACAAUCUUUUGAGAACUUAUCACCACAAGAUUUAUUAAAGAGACACAUUAAACGGGCCAAAAAGGUUAAAUUGCGCUGUGUCCGAGGUACCACUAGAUACACCAUCGGGGCUUCGAAUGUAACAUUAGCAACAUCUUCACCUUCCAGCUGGGUCACCUACUAACUCUUCCCCAGUGCCAACUUCUUUGUCUCCUUGGUUCCCAAAUUUUGAGUCUGAUCUUCCCAUUCUUUGUAAAGGUACACACUUCACUCAAUCCUUCACCUCGUUAUAUUGCUAAUAGCUAUCAUGGAUUGCCUCCAUCCCUAUAGACUUCACUUUGCUUUCUUCUAUUUCUUCAAUGUCAAUUCCUAAAAUUGUAGGUGAUGCUUUAGUCCAUCCUAGCCAGAGGAAAGCUAUGAUUCGUGGAACGCGUACUCUUCAGAAUAGUGAAAACAGUACUAUAUAUAUAUCCUGUCCUCUCAGUUCUUUAGAUUGAAAUUGCUUAUGAUUCUAUAUAAAUUGACAUAACAACUAGCUCGGCCAGUCUAGAAACUGACGAGUCAUUUACUCGCUUUACAUGACAAACGCAUUCAACUACACUGUCAAUGAUCUUUUGGUCUUAUCCAAUCAGCUGUUUAACCACAGUCCAAAGACUCUACCACCCAUUCCAAUGGCCUGCCCCAUUUGAACUAUGUAGAAAUAGUGAAACAAAGUGGGAAACUUUGGAAGAUGAAAUUUAAUAACUAUUUUGCCCAUUGGAUAGUGUUGAACCUAGAUUUCUUAAAUAAUGUUAACCUCGACAUCAAUGUAUACUUUUAAUACGUAUGUUAUAAUCGACUUCAUUAAAAUACACUGGUUAUACGG